CUGGAGGCCAACCACCAAAGAAUUAAAGAAGGAAGUAGAAGAAGAAGAAGAAGAAGUGUCUCCCAGUUUCCUGCAGGGUGUUCAUGCUAAUCUCGUGAAUAAUUUUCUUUUUCGAUGGCAAACAGAACCGUUAAAGAUGCCAACAGUAUACACGGCACUAACCCGCAGUACCUGGUGGAAAAGAUCAUCCGGACUCGAAUCUACGAGUCUAAAUACUGGAAGGAAGAAUGCUUCGGUUUGACCGCCGAGCUUGUUGUUGACAAAGCCAUGGAGCUGAAGUUCGUUGGUGGAGUGUACGGUGGAAACAUCAAACCCACUCCUUUUCUCUGCCUCACACUGAAGAUGCUGCAGAUUCAACCUGAAAAAGACAUCAUCGUUGAGUUCAUCAAAAAUGAAGAUUUCAAAUAUGUUCGUUUGCUCGGAGCGACGUACAUGAGGCUAACGGGCACCGCAGUGGACUGCUACAAAUACCUGGAGCCGCUUUACAAUGACUACAGAAAAAUCAAAAGCCAGAACAGAAACGGAGAGUUUGAGUUGAUGCACGUGGACGAAUUCAUCGACGAGCUCCUUCAUGCAGAGAGAGUGUGUGACGUCAUUCUGCCCCGCCUUCAGAAGAGGCAUGUCCUGGAGGAGGCUGAAAUGUUAGAUCCUCGGAUCAGCGCCCUGGAGGAAGAUCUGGAUGAGGUGGAGAGCAGUGAGGAGGAAGACGAGGAGGAGGAGAAGAUGGAGAGACUCCAGACCCCCGAACCCCACAGACGCAGCUACCGUGACAAUGACAGACCCCGUCGCUCUCCAUCACCUCGUUACAGACGCAGCCGCUCACCCAGACGGAGGAGCAGAUCUCCAAAGAGGCGAAGCCCGUCACCUCGGAGAGACCGCCAUCGCAGCAAGAGCCCACGCAGACACCGCAGCCGGUCCAGAGACAGACGCCAUCGCUCCAAAUCUCCAGGUCACAACAGAAGCCGCAGACAUCGCAGCCACUCAAAGUCCCAGGAGAGGAGCUCCAAAAAGAGUCACAAGAAGAGCCGGAGAGGAAACGAGUGAUUUUUAUUUUGUAUCUUUUUACCUCCAAACUGUCAGACAUCUUAUCUCAAAGUCUGAAAUUCAAGUUUUUUUAAAUUUUAUUUGAAGAAAACUUUGACAUUAGAUGUGGAGAAAAUGUGAAGCCCUCAGGUGUCAGCAGUGUGUUUGUACAGUUAACCACUCACCUCAUCUGUAGUCUGUCUGUCUCUGAGAGAGAAAAUCUGAUGAUGCUCCCCGUUCUCACAUCAUCGUGGCCACAUUGAGAUCUUUUGGACAUGUGUAAAUGUAUUUCUGUAACUUUAAGAUAAGCCUCACACUCAGAAAUAAAGACCCUGAUUCUUAC